CAAGAAGUCAAUCACAAGGAUGAAUCCAUCAGCCUCUAUGACUGGCCCACUAACCCAACUCCAUGCCUCCAAUCUCGCCUUUAACUGUGAGUGAGAUGAUGCUGCAUCUCUCCAUCUCUAUAUAUGUAUGGUGGCAGUGCCUUGGAUUAGAGACCGAACCAGUUCGGAGAAAGAUCAUCUGCUGGAGUCGAUUGAGUUAGAAUCGAACAAGAAGAUGACCGUGGAUGAGUCUUUCAAGAAGCCUGGAUCGGUUCCCUUCAAGUGGGAGAUCCGUCCCGGCGUGCCGAAGAUCCGAACCGAAGUUCAUCCUCAUGUUCACCAUAAUAAGCAUCAACAACAACGAGGGCAAGAAGCUGUUGGCAAAGAAUCCCUAUCUCCACCAGGGAAGCUCAAGCCUCCCCCUUCUGGGUUCCAAUUCUUCCCUCAAGAAGAGACCCGGAACCGCUCCUUCCGGUCUGCUUCACGGGCCCGCUCAGAGCGGUGGCGUGUUGAUCUCCCUGUGCUUGCCCGGUCCUCCUGCGUAUCCUCCGGGUGCUUCCCUGCAAGCCCGAUAUUGAGGCGUAAGGAGAGCAGCAGGACGGCCCACAGGCCAAGGCCCAUGCCCGAGCCCGAGUAUCUGUCGGACCUCGACACGCCUGCCAGGCUAUCAGCCUCAAGCAGAAAAUCUGUGUCACCCUUCCACGACUCAACUUCUUCAUCGUCAUACUUCUCAUUAUCAUCACCGAGACUCUCGAUCUCAUCAUACGGGUUUUACCGAUCGUCGCCUCAGCCUGCUGGGGAUCCCGAUUGGGCUGGCUUCGGGCUAUUUUGAAGAGGGGGAACUUGUCUUGUUUCCCUGAUUUUUUUGCAAGACUAGAUCGGAUCAUUUCGUCGCUGCUGCUAAAUGAUCCUAUAAUAUAAUAUAAGAUAAAGAGCUCUAGAGCAAACCUUUAGAUUUUGAUUAGUCGAGUUUAGCUUCAAGCCUUCUCGCUUUUAAACCGAAGUUUUUGGUCGUGGAAAUUAUUGUGGCUUAAAAGACCGAAGAAGAGCUAUGCCUUUCCUUUGUUAGUCAAUAGCUAUGAACACUCUUUGUAUGGCCAUGGUGUACGUGUACAUAUACGUAUACAUAUACAUAUACAUAUACAUAUAUAUAUAUAUAUAUAUAUUUCCCGUAGUCGAUAUCAA